AUGGGUGACGAGCCCGACUACAGCUCGCUGCCACUGACCGACCAGUGGGUGCACAAGGUCUGGAAAGUACGCAAGGGCGCAUAUGAAGAGGGAGCCAAGCAGUUCGCUGCCACCGCUGACGAGUACGAUGCCGCCUUCAGGCCAUUUCUCCAGGAUGCGAGCCUCUGGAAGGGCGCCGUCGCCGAUUCGAACGUGGCAGCGCAGCAAGAAGGCCUGGCCGCAUACUGCGCCUUUCUCAAGUUUGGCGGCAAGGAGCAAGGCACGAGGACACGCGGUCAAACCAUCGGCCCCAUCGUCGAGAAAGGCCUGCCAUCGACAAGAGCCGCGGCCAAGGAGUCGGCACUUGAGGCUCUGCUACUCCUCGUCGAGGUCGACGUCGCCGCGCCAGUCAUCGAAGACAUGCUCCCGGCUCUCGCAAACAAGCAGCCGAAGGUGGUCGCCGCCACAUUGAAUGCCCUCGUCACUAUAUAUCACAACUUCGGUUGCAAGACGGUCGACCCCAAGCCCGUCCUGAAAGCUCUGCCCAAGGCGUUCGGCCAUGCCGACAAGAAUGUUCGAGCAGCUGCGAUGAGUUUAGCCGUCGAAUUUUACAGGUGGCUUCGAGAGGCUAUGAAGCCCAUGUUUUGGGGAGAGCUCAAGCCCACACAGCAGACCGAUUUGGAGGCACAGUUUGAAAAGAUCAAGGCCGAGCCCGCGCCUAAGCAGGAGCGGUAUCUCCGAACGCAGCAAGAAAUCAUGGCACGAGCACCGCCACCGGGCGAGGAGGGUGAGGGCGACUACGGCGGCGAUGAAGAGGAGGAGCCUGCCGAGGUUGACGCUUUUGACUUGGCUGAACCACAAGAUGUCUUGAGCAAAGUACCGGGUAACUUUACUGAAGCACUUGCUUCGUCAAAGUGGAAAGAGAGGAAAGAAGUCCUCGAGGCACUGUUUGCGGCGGUCAACGUUCCGCGUAUCAAGGAUGGCGAUUUCAACGAAGUCAACCGGGGUCUCGCCAAGUCGAUGAAGGAUGCCAACGUAGCUGUCGUUACCCAGGCCGCCCAGUGCAUCGAGGCUCUCGCCAAGGGUCUGCGCAAGAGCUACGGGAAAUACCGAACCGUCGUCAUGCUUCCCAUCAUGGAAAGACUGAAGGAGAAGAAGCAGGCCAUAGCCGAUGCGCUCGGCGCCGCUCUGGACCAGGUUUUCCUUGCCACUUCCCUGACGGAGUGUAUGGAGGAUAUUGUGGCCUGUCUGUCGCACAAGAACCCUCAGGUCAAGGAGGGAACCAUGAAAUUUCUCAUCCGGUGCUUGAGAACCACACGCGACGUUCCUAGCAAGCCAGAGAUUGGUACCAUCGUUGAGUCUGGCAAAAAGCUCCUUUCCGAGUCUAGCGAAGGUCUACGCUCCGGAGGUGCGGAGGUUUUGGGAACGGUGAUGAAGAUUAUCGGCGAGCGUGCCAUGAACCCCUUUCUCGAGGGCCUCGAUGACAUUCGGAAGACCAAGAUCAAGGAGUUCUUCGAGACUGCCGAGGUCAAGGCCAAGGAUAAGCCGAAGCCGCCUCCCCCAGCUGCAAGGCCACCCCCGGCUGCUGGUCCGAAGAAAAUGGUCAAGAAGGCGCCGGCCGGUGUGAAGAAGCCCGUCAUGCCAGCGGCAACCGCGGCAGAGUCUGCCCCUCUGGCCCCCCAAACGUCGUCCCGCCCCACACCAGGAGGAAGCAAGCUCGGCAUGCCGAAGCCGUCCGCCCUGGGCGGCCUCAAGGGACCUCAGAAGCGCAUUGGGGCCCCUAGCGCUGCCUCGCCCCGGCGCGCGCCUGCAGCAGCCCCGAUCAUGCCGCCCGAAGACGACGAACCACCACCACCACCGCAACCCAGGCUUGGCCUCGGCCGCGGAGGACUGGCUGGAAGGCCACUGUCGAAACCCUCAGCAGCGCCCAUCCAGAUGCCCCCGUCGUCGCCACCACCCUCGAGCGGCCUCACAGCGCUUGAGCGGGCAGAGCUUGAGGAGCUCCGUGCCUCGAAUGAGAGACUGACGCGUCAAGUGGAUGAUAUGCGACACGAGCGGAGCAAAUUCAUGUCGGAGAUUCAAGAACUCAAGAACCAAAAUGCCGGUCUGAUUGAGGACCACACACGGGAUGUGCUCAGCAUCAAAGCCAAGGAGACGCAGCUUGUUCGGGCACGGAGCGAUGCCGAAGCGACCGAGCAAGUCAACGAGCGACUGCGACGCGAACUUGACAGGUUAAAGAGAGCUCUCAACAACGCCGACAGUCUUGGUUCCCGGGCGAGCGUCACGAGCCCCGGCGUUGCGUCUCCGACGCAUGACGAUGCAGGCAUUUACCGCGACUACGGGCGUCCUACAAGUCGCAGUCGCAUGAGCUUCACGAGCACCAUGUCUGAAGAGAAGGAGAACGGCGAGUCAAGCUAUCCUAGGUCGAAGCUCAGCCCCGAAUUCAGACAAGGGCCAACCGGCGUGUCGUCAGGUCGCGGCAGCCCAGCGAGGGGCUUCCGGAGCGCGGCAGCCACCCCGCCAGUGGAGGAUUAUGGCGGCUCAUCCCAUCAUUCAGCCGCGUCGGGCUCAGGCGCCGGCACUAACGGUGUUGAAAGCUGGAAGCGGGCGGCCGAGGUGACGAGCCAGCUCAAGGCGCGAAUCGAGCAGAUGAAGGCGAAACAAGGACUUGCUCGUCCAUAG